UAAUAGUUAAUUCACAAAUGUUGGGUUAUACGAAAUGAUGUUUAUAAAUUUUUCAAUCUUUUGGUUUUAUUUAUUUAUAUCAAAUAUCCAAAAAUUUUCUAAAAAUGACUGAUAUGUGUAAUUUUGGCUUAUGGAAAGGCAUAGAAGAACUUACUCAUGAUAUAGACACGAAAAUAAAAAAAAUAUGUUGCAUUCAAGACACAAUAUUUCUUUUAUCAACUUGCUUUGAGCUAUUUUGUGGAUUGGUUGUAGAAAAUAAAUCGAUACAAUUCCACAAAUAUUGUGAAAAAUUAGUAAAAGAUAUUGGUACAAGAGGAUCAGACUUAUACAUCAUAGAUAUUGAAGGUAGAAUUUUCCAUAAUCGAAAUAUACAAAAUGCAUCAGACUUCGAGCAGAUCGAAAUUGAAGAUGAAUCUAAAACCUGUGCUCAUGGUUUCCAGUCUAAAAGUAGUUCAAUAAAAAUAAAAAAUAUAGCAGCAGGUGAAUAUGGGUGUUUGUUUAUUACUGAAAACUAUGAACUGUGGGCAAGUGGAACAAUGCCUGAAAUAAGAAUAGAGUCUUUGACUCCUAAAAAAGUAUUAUGCUUUGAUGGUAAGAUCAUCACAGACAUUGCCGUAGGAAAUGAUUUUGCUAUGGUCUUAUCUAGAAAGAGCAUCAAGCUUGAGAGAGAGUCUGAUAGUGAAAUAAGUGAAAAUGUGUUUGUACUAAAUUGUCCUAAAUGCAUGUUGGCUAGUAGAAUGUCUAGUCCAGUUUCAAACGAUACAUGUCCAUUAGGAUUAAAAUUAGAUAAGUUAUCUGAAGAAUGUAUUAGUAACACUAGUCCAAUAGAUAUUUGUCUGCCUAUAGAAAGUAGCAGUGGUAAAGCAGAAGAUUUUGAAAAUGUAUCAGAAGAAUUAAAUUCUGCUGAUGCCAUUAGUGAAACCCAAGUCAGCGAAGAUUCCUCUAAAUCACGCACUCUACAUAGCUUUAUAAAUUCUGAUUCUGCCAGAUUAUUUUUAACAAAGCAGUUGUCAUGGAUGUCUGCUGGGGAAGAAUAUUUAGCUGACUAUACUGAAAAGCCAACACGCAUAAUAAAAGAAAAUGUUUCCAACUUAACUAGUCUUGUAUAUGAGGGAGUAAAAAGUUUAUCUCGACACAUGAGCGGAGGUAGUGAAAAUGGAAUGACUGAUUGCCUCAGUCGUUCUGAAAACAACAAUGAAGAUGCUGUAUCAAAAUUAUAUGAUUUUUUUGAUUCUUGUAGUACUUUAAGUGACAAAGAUAAUUCAGAAAGUGAUACUUCAGAAAAAGCAUCAUGUUUAAUAAGAACAGGUCAACGAUUGCUAAACUCUGAUCUGUGGACAUGGGGUAAAGUAAAUCAUGGGCAACUGGGUACAGGUGACCAAAUUAAAAGAACGAAACCCAUAAUAGUAGCCAAACUAAGCGGGCUUGGAAUAAAAAAUAUUAGCUGUGGUGAAGAUCAUGCUUUGGCGAUAAGUUUAGAUGGCAGAAUAUUUUUAUGGGGUGAAAAUAAUCAUCAUCAAAUAAACGUUGAUUCAAAAACUAAUCAAAGUUUUCCAAAACAAUUUGAUAAACUAGUCAACAGUAGAGUUUUAAGUGCAUACUGUGGUGCCAAACACACAUCAAUUUUAACACAAGACUUGAAAUUGUGUUUUAUGGGUAAACAUAAUGAAGGAAUUACAAAUGAUAUUAUAGAAUUAAGUAACUGUGUAGAAGAAUCACAUGAUGACUCGGGUAUCAGCUUAAAGAAAAUAUCUUCCCAUGGUAAGCACAAUGAUAAAAAUAAUGUACAAUUGAAUUUCAACAAUGUGCAAGCUUCUGGAGUAUAUACUUACUGCAAUGCUGUAGCAAAAGUACCUGAUUAUGUAUCAACAGAGCAAAAAUUUCUAGAAAAUUUAUUAUUUAUGCAAAUUUAUGUGUUAAAGCCUUUAGCUAAAACUUUUACGAGUGAUUCAAAUGAUACAGAUGCAUAUGAAAAUAUAUGUUCAAAAUUUAAUGAAAUACUUUAUGUAACUGCUUUGUAUGUAGAAUCUCUACAUUUAUUUAAUCAAAGCAAUAUUGACGUGUUUGAAAUAAUACUUAUACAUAAGACAGAUGAGAUGAUAUAUAUUUAUAAUGAAUACGUAAAUGCUUUGUGCAAUGUGAUAUCGCUGAAUGGUUUUCGGGUCCUAGCCAGAAAAUUUGAUAUACCUACUUAUAUAAAAAAACACUAUGCAAAUAUUAAGAAAAUAAAAACCAGUGAAGAUAUUUUCAAUCACAUAUUUAACUAUCCUUUAGAACAUAUCUUAAUUUAUAAAAAAACAAUUCCUGAACUAUUCAAAAAUAUUGAAUUUCAGGACAAACAAUCUAUAGACAAACAAAUUCUUGAUUUACAAAUUAAAUGGGAUCUACUUAAUAGCAAUAAAUGUAAGGCAGUAGAUGAAGCGCAAUUCACACAAAAUUUUUGGCAAAACGCUGGUAAAAUACUGGAAACUUAUUGGUUGCCACAAAGAAGACUGAUUAGAGAUUCGAGAAAUGAUCCUUUAUAUGUUCACAACACAUACAGAUUUAUAAAUCAUUGGUUUAUAUUAUUAUCAGAUAUUCUCCUGCAUAUGACUAAUGGCCAUCCUCAUGUAUAUGAUUUAAAAACUUUAUGGGUAGAACCACUGCCGGAUAGUGAUGUCCUAACUAAUAGUCUAAUGCUGAUCUCUCCAGAGGACAAUAUAAUUGUAUAUGCUCCCUCGCCAAGUGAAAAAUCUAGGUGGUUUUUAGCAUUACAACAAGCAAUAAAAAAUGUAAUGAAAAAAAUUAAUUCUAAUCAGCCACCAAUUGUAAGAAUAGCAAACUAUACUUAUACAAAAAAUGCAGCUUAUCGCGAUGCAAAAUAUAUUGGAAGAUGGGUAAAGGCGGUUAUGAGUGGCCCUGGUAAGUUGAAGUGGCCAGAUGGAAAAACGUACGUGGGGCAAUUUCAGAAUAAUCAAAUGCACGGGUAUGGAAAAAUGGAAUAUCCAAAUGUAGGAACUUAUGAAGGCCAUUGGAAAGAUGGCCUGCAGAGUGGAAAUGGCAUUUUUCGUUACUGCAACGGUGAUCAUUAUACUGGUCAAUUUCUGUCUGGCAAAUAUCAUGGCCAUGGUGUUCUAAAACGAGGUCAUUUCAACAGCUCUGUUGCCAGUAUUUACGUUGGAAAUUUUGUACAUGGUUUGAGAUCGGGUUACGGUGUUCUGGACGAUAUAGCAAAUGGGCAAAAAUAUUUAGGAAUGUGGUCUGACGACAAAAAGAAUGGAAAAGGUCUACUAGUUACACUUGAAGGGAAUUUUUAUGAAGGCGUUUUUACGCAAGAUCUCUUAUUGGGGCAAGGAUCUGUAAUAUUUGAUGAUGGAUCACAUUACAAAGGAGAAUUAAAAGGUUUAAAUGGCCCUGCUGGUAAAGGUGCCUUGUACAUUGGCAAUAGAGUUUUAGAAGGAAAUUUAGGCGGCACUUGGGAUAAUAUAAAAGUUACCGGUACUUUGCAGAAUAGCAAUGAUGAAUUGGUUGAAUCAGUGCCCUAUAACCAAUCGUCUGUAUCUAAUUCAAAAUCAUCAGAAAUAUAUAAAUGGGAUUCUAUCUUCCAACAAUACUACACUCAGCUGGGUAUAUCUUAUAAAGAUAGUUCUUUGCAUGACCAAUCAAGAACUAAAAUUUGGCAGUCAAUUUCUAUUUUCAUGGUAAAUUGCCAAAUGGAAAACUCUUUAAAAAACCAAACUGAACGAAUAGAUAAAAAGAAAAAAUUUGACGAUUUAGAAACAAUUCCCAGUUAUGGAAUGCAGAAACUUAAUUUGGAAGAAGUUGAAGAAAUAAAGGUUUAUUUAGGAAAGGCAUUUGAUUGUCCUAUCCACCCUUUGCAUCAUUUACUGAAUGCUUUGUCAAAUGCCUAUACAUUUACUUAUGGAGGUGUAAUCGUCAGUCCACUUUUAAAAAACCAUGCCCUUCUCGAAUUACAAGAAAUCACAAAGGGAAUAUAUGAUAUCAUUGCUAUAAUGUUUCCAGCAUUACCUAAAACUCCAAAGUGGCUAGAAAAUAGAACUCUAAUAUCACCAUCUUCAAUCCUUCAUCCUUUAAUUUUACCAAGAUUGCAUUCAGCAUUAUUUGUGCUAUAUGCUUUGGCAAAUCGAGAAAAUGAUGAAAGUUAUUGGCGACGACUGUGCAUGUGGCACGUUCAAGAUAAUAUGGAACUGAUGAAUUCAUUGGGCAUUGAUAGCAAUUUCCGUCCAGUUGUUUGCUCAGAAUUGUUUGAAGAAGCCGUAGAGUGUUUACAACAGAUUAAAACCACAUUUUGCGCACAUCACAAAGUAGCUGUACUAAGGAACACAUUUAAACUACUUAGAGACACUGUUUAUAAUCAUUUAGGGCCCAAUUAUCUAAUGGGAAUGGACGCGUUAUUUCCUUUAUUUCUUAUUCUGGUGAUAAGAGCAAGAUUACUACAAUUAGGUUCAGAGGUAUCUAUAAUAGAAGAUUUAUUAGAUCGGUCCGGAAUUAACGAUGCAACUACGCAACCAAAUAGCCCACAAAAAUUGAAAACUGAACUUAAUUUUUUUGAUCAAUCUGAUCUUGAUCAACAUCUAGGAGAAGACGAUGUUAUGAUAACUACAUUAAAGGCUUGUUACCACCAAAUUCUUCAAGAAAAAAUACAUUCCCAAUAAGCCACCAUAGUGUAGUAACACCCAGUGAAAAGCCAUAUCGUUACAUCUAAUUGUAGAAGGCACCUCAGAUACGUAUC